UACGUGACGUUGGCAGUAGGAUAAUUAUCUGUAUUCGCAUCGCAUGCGGCGUUCUUCUUUUUUGAGAAUUUUCAUAAAGGGGGCGCGUGCGCAGUCGAAUUGUCGCAGGGUGGACGUUUCACGUACUAACUACAGUCGAUACAAUGGCGUUUCCAUUGGAAAUUGUAAUUUUUUGACGUUUGCAAAAAACUUUUAUCGUUGUUUAAUUAAUUUUAAAAGACUUUUUUAAGUAUAGUACGAGUGCGUUUAACUGUCGUCUAUAAUUUUCUCGCAUAUCCGUAUAACGUAUGCAUGAAACGUGCGAAGUGUUCUUGUAAAACGCCCUUAUCGAUUUAUCUGCCGUUUGGUGCGAGCAACCCAUUUUUAACGAGAUCGUUUUAUAUUUAUGAAAUUUUUGUAUUCCGAAACGCGAUUUAACUUUUUUAUAGUGACAUUGCAGUAAUUGUGUGGGAAUUUGACAGCGGCAGCCGCACGGUGGUUGUGUUGUGGCUAACACAAAGACAUAAAAUGCCCACCGUCUUCGCCUUGUGGACAUCACCCCAUUCAUCGCCGAAGGAUUUAUGCAAAAUUACGGCGAAAGUUUCACUUACGGUCUUACAAAACAUGUCGUGAGAAAAACCAACAUGUUUUAAUUCGUAAAUUACUUACCGUUUAAUAUUAGACACGAGGUCAAAUGAAUAAGGUGUUAAAAUAUUGAGGAAAAAUGGUAUCGCGAUACGUAAACGGCCCUGUUAAGCAGGAGGGUAUUUGCGUUUUUCCCCCUCAUCCCCAACACUAUAGGAUGAUCGCCCACCAAAGGACGGAAGGCUAUCAUGUAGCAACUCCACAGAGCUUUGUACAGCAACAACCGCAGCCACAGCAGAACAAUCAGGUGCCACCGCUACGAAUGCCCCCGGCCGGACCACCGACACAGUCUUCAACGCCUCCUAACACAGAUCUGAAAGUGCAGUCGAUGACACAGCAGCCGUCGAUGAGCUUGGCUUAUGUACCACAAACGCCUAGGGGACCCGCCUCACAGAAUUUUUUUACGAGACCUCAACAGCAAACCACACAAAAUCCAAGAAUGCCUAAUCAUCGACAGGGACAACCGCCUAUAUUCUCAUCACCUUCACCGUCUAUCGUACAAUUCCAACCAAUUCCUCCUGUAUAUAUAAAUCCGGCGGCGGGGCAAUAUUUCAGUAAUCAGCGGACUCCCGGGUUUAUUCCGGGAUAUCAGAUGCUUCCUAAUCCGCCUGUGUACGCGUAUACGCAGACGCCUCAAUCUCAAGCUCAGCAGCAGUUUUUAUACAAUUCAUCAUUUAUGCCAAGACCUCUGCAGACAGUACCUACAACACCGCAAAAUGCAACUCAACCACCUCCACAAAGUAUGCCCUUACCGCAACCCCCCGCAGUCCACACUGCAGUAGCUAAAAAAAGAAGACCAAAUGCGGUGCAAAUUAUUGAUCCAAUUACGGGCAAGGAUAAACUAAACGAGUUGUACGAAGAGCAAUUGGAAGAGUCACUUUCACUUCCUCCUUCGGGCGAAUCGUCGGCUCGUGAAACCCCCCAGCCUCCCACCACUAGUAAUAGUAAAGAAAUUCAAGCUACGUUUGCAAAAAAAGUUGCUCAAGCGAUAAGCAAAGAUGAAGCUCCGGGCGUCGAAGAAGUUGAUCAGUCGCAAAUUAUCGAACAUGUCGGAUUUGGAAUGUACGCUCAACCUCCGCCCAUGCAUCAAAAAUACGAAACCAUAGUACAGUCUAGUAAAUUGCAGGCAGCGACGAAGGAAUUUGUACCAGCUGGAUUGGCCAAAGAAACGACGCCUGUCGUGUCAGCAAUAACGGACGCGGAAGAAGUAACAAUAAAUACGUCAAAUAAACAAAAAGAUAGGGAUAGUCCCGCUAAGGGCCGUACCAAAGUAAGGGAACAAACCACUCCUCGCGAAUUUAAAGAACCCGUUAAAGAAGCCCCCUUAAAAGACGUUGUAAACGAAAAACCCGUCGGUUCUUUUAGAGAAGAAAUUAAACAUAAAGACUUAACAGUUUUAAAUGUAGCAUCUAGUAAUAAAGACGCGCCCGUUUCUUCGUCAACAAUGCCGUCGACGGUUAUACGUGACGAUAAAAAAGUUGUUCGAAAGGACAAAACAGAAGAUAAACACUUACUGCCUGGCAGUGUGGCUGCGACUUCUGAAGACUCCUCGGACAGACCAAUUGUGAUAUCGCCUUCAUCUCAACCAGUUUCUGAAGUUCCAGUUAUCAAUGCUAAAUCCAAAAAUGCUUCCAACAAAGGCAAGGAUGUGCAAAAACAAACACCCUCUCAACAGCAGCAGCAACCAGUUCCGGUGGUACCACAGCCCCCUGCGGUCGAGUCACCUGUGCAACCGCCUCCAUCCACCAUUCCCACCUCCCAACCACAAAAACAGUCUAACAAAAACAAUAAAUUGCGAGAACUAAAUAUGAAAGGCGCUCUUAAGGAAGGAACAGAUAUGGAUGCAUUUAACGAUAACAAGACGGCUUUGGAAGAUACGACCAACGCAAAUCAUCCUAGUUCAAUAAAUAAUGAAUACGUGAACAUUAAUAAUACAAACAAUGUAAUGCUCAACAAUAAUAGUACGCCAAUCAUAAACGACAUUGAGCAAAACGAAACGAAAGACAUAAUGACAAUCAGUACGGCACCCGAAACAAAAAAUGUGCCUAAAAGUAAAGUAGACGUAACCGACAUUAUUAAAGAACCGCCAAAGUUGCCGAAGGCGGAACCCGCCGAUGAACCCGACUGUGCCGUUUUAGAUAAUGAAAAACUAGUGCAGGCCAAGAACGAGGUGAAUACAAAGGUUGCCAAGGACACUGAACCCGCUAAACCCAGUUUGCCUUACGAAGACGAUCAGUGGAGCCCCUACAAUCAGGAGGGAAAGAAGAAAUAUGGUAGAGAACUGCUCAUGCGUUUAAGGGCGGACCCCAAAAGUAAUAUAAAACCUGACAAUCUACCGGAUGAUAUUCUAGCAAAUGAUGAACGGGGGCGUGUAGGUGAGAUCAGCCGUUAUGCACCGGGAGGCCGACCGACAGACUUUGUACCUAGUUUUAGUAGCAGUUAUCCCAGCAAAUCGUCGUCACAACGCGGAGGGAAUAUCACAAAACGAAAAAGUCAACAGGGUCAAAUUGGCAAUAGUAAUAAAGGAUCUAAAUCUAGUAGCAAUCGUCUUACGAUAUCGCUGAAAGACGAUGUUAAGUUAAGAGAAGUCGAAAACGCUUGGAAACCUGCCAGAUUUGUCGCAAGUGCCAACAUGACUGAAGACGAAAAGAAGACUGAAGAACUAUAUAAAAAAGUUAGGGGCGUUCUCAAUAAGUUGACGCCGCAAAAAUUCAACACUUUAUUAGAACAAAUACAAAACUUUAGUAUAGACACGACCGAAAGACUACAGGGAGUUAUCGAUUUAGUAUUCGAAAAAGCCGUGGACGAACCAAAUUUUUCGGUAGCGUACGCCUCAUUGUGCAGUCAUCUUGCACUUUUGAAGGUACCCGCAACCGGAGCUAGUAAAAAAGAUGGAAACGAAUUUGUUAAUUUUAGAAAAUUAUUAAUUACUCGAUGUCAAUUAGAGUUUGAAAAAAAUUCUAUAGACGAGACUGAACGAAAUAAUAAAGUUAAGGAAAUCGAAGAGUGUACAGAUCCCGAAAAGGAAAAGGAUUUAUUAAUAGAUUUAGAAGAAUACGACCGUAGAUUGCGGAUGAAAUCGGUAGGAAAUGUCAGAUUUAUUGGUGAACUGUUUAAACAACACAUGUUGACCGUCCACAUCAUGGAAAGAUGUUUGCAAAACUUACUGACCAUCAAAAACGAAGAAAGUUUAGAAUGUUUAUGUAAACUAUUAACAACGGUGGGCAAAGAGAUGGACUCGAAAAACGUAAAUCUCACCAAUAUAUAUAUGACGAUGAAGGAGUUAUCAGAUAGGAAACACGGAAAAAUUAGCAGUAGAGUACGUUUUAUGAUUCAAGACGUUCUAGACUUGCGGUUAUCCAAGUGGGUUCCUAGAAGGCAAGAUCUGAAUCCAAAAACAAUGGAUCAGAUUCAAAAGGAAGCCGAAAAUGAACAACUUAACAUACAGGCAAUGAACGCUAUGCCACCUAUGAUAUCUGGAAGAAGAGAAGAUCGUGGAUCUCUCGGAGGUAACAAUAUUAAUUCAAACAUGGACAAAAAACGACGAAAUCCUACGAAUCCCGAAGAAUGGUCUUCUAUACCGUCUUCUCGUAAUAAACCACAGCAAUUUACUGUUCAACCCGAUAAGUUGAGGCAUAUGACGGUUGGUACAGAUGACACAACUUUCGGUAGUAAAAACUCUUUCUGCGGUUGGAGAGACGGUUCUGGUUGUAAAACUACCAGUGCGGCUAUGAGUACUUCAAAUUCGUACGCUAUUCUUGCAUCUAUAGAGGAAAAAAAUCAUCAAGGAAUGCGGCAAGGUGAUUAUUAUUUAAAGGGUUCAAGUAUGGAACGGUAUAACAGGCAGCCUUACGACGGUCGAGGUUCAAGAUCUGGGUCACAACACAGAUCUCGCGAUAAUUCCACAACUCCACGUAAUAUUGCUCCAAGUAUACCACCUACACCUAAACCAUCUCCCGCUCCACCAGCACCGGCGCCACCUGUAAUAGAUCAGGAUCUAUUAGACCGGAAAAUCAAAAAUAUCCUCGACGAAUACCUAAAUGAGAUUUGUCUUCAGGAUAGCAAUGACGAAAUCAAAUCUUCGAUUCCUUCCGAAGUGCUUCCACAAUUUAUUUCAAUUGGGUACCACCAUGUGUUGGAGAGAUCACAAACCUCGCGCAGUAAAACCGGUAGUUUGUUUGCGUACCUUAUACAAGCCGGUACAUUGUCGGUGGAAGAUUAUUGCGUCGGACUAAAAGUUGUCUUAAAUGACACCAAAGAAUUAAUCAUUGAUAUUCCCAAGGUCUGGGAUUACGUAGCCGAACUUAUAGUUCCUGUUUUAUACGAAAAUGCUAUUACAUUCCGUGAUUUAUAUAAAUGCUUUGGGGUGCUAAUUAGAAACGGACACGCCUCGCCCGUCCUCAAAAAUAUAUUUGAAAUAAUUAUUCAAGAAAAAGGACCUAAUUUCUUACAAGCGAAUUGGAACAGUUGCGGACAGAAAUUCUCUGAUUACAUGCCAGAAUCUCAAGUAGAUGAGUUUCUUAAAGCUAACUCUUUCGAAUUUAUGCUCGGAAAUGAUAGUAGUCAAUUAAGUCCCAAUCAUAAUUCCUUAUUCGCCCAAAAGAAAAUAUCGUACGAGGAAAUAUCGGACAAGUUAUUGGCCUUUUUCAACUCUGCAGCUUCCUUUGACGAGAUUAAUAACUGGAUUACGGCCAAUGUCGGUGAAGCGGUAAAAGAAAAUCAAUUCAUUCGUAGAUUGACGACCGCAAUAUUUACCCAUUCGAUCGUCAAUAACAAACUGAACGUUGCGAGUAUGGUGGAAAAGUAUCAUUUCUUCACCAAGUUUGUAGAUGGCAAAGCAGAAUAUGAGUUGCAAUCUUUAUGUGCUCUCCAAUCCCUUCUGCAUAAAUUAGAAUAUCCGCAAGGUCUUUUGUUGCAAAUAUUCAACAAACUUUACGAAGACAACGUUUUCUCUCAGGAGAGUUUUAUAGCGUGGGAAGGAUGCAACGAUCCGGACGAACAAGAAGGAAAAGGUGUGGCUUUAAAACAACUGACUUGCUUCAUUACCCAAGUGAGAGAGGGCGAGGACGAUUCGUUGUCGGAAGAUGAAACCAGUCUCGUUUAACAAAACCUGUUUUUGUAUGGCUUGGAGUUAGCUUUGGUCCUACAUACAGGAACUUAAAAAAGUGAAAGUGAAUCGUGACUGAAACUAUUAGUUCAAAUUUAUACAAUUGUUUAUAUUAUAUAUAUUAUAUAUUUAAUUCUAUAUAAAAAGUGUUGCGAGAGACUACAUUUAAAUUAUAAGUGCGGGAUAAAAUAAUCUAAAGUACUAAGUGCCCUGUGACAUUUUUGGAAAAACUCAAAAAAUUGUAAACUUAAGUGUUCCUGAACUAUUUAAUAUUCAUUGAUUUUAAAGCGUGGCCUAACAAACUAUUAAUUUUUAUAUUAUUUUUGUGUUAUUAUUUAUAUACAUACAUUUAUAUAUAUUUUAGUGUUUUUUAAUGUUUAAAAGUGACGUUUUAAUUCAAAUUUUCUCAAACAGUUUUUUUUGCACGAUUUAAGUGUUUGUUAGGCCCUGCACAAUGAAAAAGCAACUGCAGACUGUUCGUCAUUGAAAAUGGCCGAUUGCGUUGUUUUUGUGUUUGUUGUAUACUAAAUUGUUAUUGCAUCAUAAUUUUUCAUACUGUUAAGUUAUAUAUAUAAAUAUAUGUAUGUAAACUUUAUAUACAUAUAUGGAUAUAUGUAUUUUAUUUAUUCGGGUCUGUAUAAAAUAUACAGCUGCACAUUCGGUUUUAGAUUUUCUUUAUAGUCUUAGUAAAUCUGAAACUGUGCCGGGUGACUGCUCCUAGUCAGAGAUUGAACUUUUAAUGAGAUAUUGUAUAUAAUUGUUUUUAACAUAUACAGUAUUUUUUCUGACUGAUGAUAAUUGUAAAUAUCUUACUCGACAAAAUCCGGAUUGAUAUUGUUUCUGUUUAAAAAUCUUCCAAACUCGAUUUUGCUACCCCUCGAUACAAAGUUUGCGAUUCUUUGUAAUUGAUUUUCGAAACUAUUUUUUUAAUGCGUAUGUUGUAUAUUAUUUAUGUGUAUUGUACAUAUGAAACAACUCUACUUCUCGCCAAUUUUGUAUUCGAGCAUUGUUUACAGAGCAGAAAAUAAGUGCGACAUCUCCAAUCGCUGCUGCAGUGAUACAAUUCUCCAAUCCUGAAAGGAAGAAAGUCUGGGAUGUACCUUUUACCGAUUGGAUAUACCGGAAAAUGAAAUAAAAUGGUUACGUAGAAACGGUUUAACUAUAUAUUGAUGAAAAGAAAUUUGCCAAAAUUGUUACAUAAACAUUUAUAAAUGAGAUCCAGGCAAUUGACAAAAUAAAAGUGCAAAUACAAAACAAA